AUCAGGCUCACUUGGCUGGAGACAUCCGCUAGUGAAAGAUGUUCUCUUGCUGCGUGCCAACUUCCCGGGGUUCUGGCUUCCAGAAACCCCAGGGAUGCGACUUUUUCAAAUGCUGUAGACUUUGGUUCCACCAUCACACCCCACGCCUCAAGGCAUUUGCCAGGAGGCGUCCUAAGAGCUCCACACAGGAGAUGGGGCAGGAAUGGGAGGAAGAAAUCCAGUGCUCCACCUCCUUGAUGAACAGGAAAGUGCCCUGCACAGCUAACAGAGGCCAGUGCGGACUCAAGGGGAGUGCAGGGUCUGAGGUGAUCAAGACGGACACGGCUGCUGGAGUUGAGUGCUUGCCACGAGCCAAGAUGCCAGGUGUUGAGUCCAAGCCAAUGCACAUGGUGGUCACACCUCUGAUUCACUGUCCCAACGUGGAGGAGCCACCUGAACCCUUGGCCAACCUGGAAAAAGAACAGGCCCGGGCAUCCGCUAUCCAGGUCCCCAAAUGCCUAAGCAGCCACCAGGCUCAGUUGAUCAACCAGCUUCGGCCCCUGAGCAACAUCACGAACCACGCAAAGAGCCCGCCCCAGCUCUUACUGUGGGGCCUUAUGAAGCCUCAGGGCAUGAGGUGAUCGAGCAGGUAAUGGCUGCUGGAGCUGAGUGCUUGGCCCAAGCCGAGAUGCCAGGUGCUGAGUCCAAGCCAAUGCACGUGGUGAUCACACCUCUGAUUCACUGUCCCGAUGUGGAGGAACCACCCGCACCCUUGGCCGCCGUGGAAGAGGAACAGACCUUAGGCCCAGCAAUCGAGGUCCACGAAGUACUGGAGCAGCCAACAGACAGUGGAACAACUAGCAUUGACCACUGAGCAUCGUCCUAAACCACCUCAAGAGCCCAUCCCAGCUCCUACUGCGGGGCCUGCUAGAAAUUAUGGGCCUGAGCUGUUCGAGCCCAAAUCGGCUGCUGGAGCUGAGUACUUGACCCGAGCCGAGAUGCCAGUUGCUGAGUUGAAGCCAAUGUACAUGGUGGUCACACCUCUGAUUCACUGUCCCGACCUGGAGGAGCCACCUGCACCCUUGGCUGCCCUGGAUGAGGAGCAGGCCCCGGAGCCUACAAUCAAGGUCCCCAAAGUGCCGGAGCAGCCACCUGUCUCAGUGGAGCAACCAGCUUCAGCCCCUGAGCAACCUCAUGAACUAUGUCAAGAAGCCACCCCAGCUACUAUUGUGGGGCCUAAUGAAGCUUCAGGGCCUGAGUUGAUCGAGCCGGUCAUGGCGGCUAGAGCUGAGUGCUUGGCCCGAGCCGAGAUGCCAGCUGCUGAGUCUGAGCCAAUGCACCUGGUGGUCACACCUCUGAUUCACUGUCCCGACGUGGAGGAGCCAUCUGCACCCUUAGCUGCGCCGGAGGAGGAACAGACCCUAGGCCCAGCAAUCAAGGCCCAUGAAGUACUGGAUCAGCCAACAGACUCAGUGGAGCAACCGAAUUCGGCCACUGAGCAACACCAUGAACCUCAUCAAGAGCCCGCCAGAACUACUACAGUGGGGCCAGCUGAAGCUUCUGGGCCUGAUCUGUUCCAGCCGGGCACGGCUGUCGGUGCUGAGUGCUUGGCCUGAGCCGAGAUGCCAGCUGCUGAGACCAACGCAAUGCACUUGGUGGUCACACCUCUGAUUCACUGUCCUGACCUGGAGGAGCCACCUGCACCCUUGGCUGGGCCAGAUGAGGAGCAGGCCCUGGAUCCUGCAAUCAAGGUCCCCGAUGUGCCAGAGCAGCCACCUGUCUCAGUGGGGCAACCAGCUUCGGCCCCUGAGCAACACCAUGAACCACGUCAAGAGGCUGCCACAGCUCCUACUGUGGGGCCUGCUGAAGCUUCAGGACAUGAGGUGAUUGAGCUGGUCACGGCUGCUGGAGCUAAGUGCUUUGCACGAGCUGCGAUGCCAGCUGCUGUGGCCAAGCCAAUGCACAUGGUGGUCACACUUCUGAUUCACUUUCCCGACCCGGAUGAAUCACCUGAACCCUUGGCCACCCCAGAGGUAGAAUAGGCCCUGAUGCCUGCUAUGGAGGUCCCCGACAUGCCCAUACAGCCACCUGCCUCAGGCAAGCAACGACCCUCGGCCCCAAGCAACAUCCUGAACCUUGUCAAGAGCCCGCUCCAGCUACUACUACGGGGCCUGAUGAACCUUCAGGGCCUGAGGUGAUCGAACCGGUCACGGCUGCUGGAGCUGAGUGCUUGGCCCUAACUGAGAUGCCAGCUGCUGAGUCUGAGCCAAUACACAAGAUGGUCACACCUCUGAUUCACUGUCCCGACCUGGAGGAGCCACCUGCAACCUUGGCCACCCUGAAAGUGGAUCACAUCCUGGCACAUGCGAUGGUGUUCCCCAACAUGCUGGAGCAGCCACCUGCCCAGUGGAGCAACCGACCUGGGCCACUGAGCAACAUGCUGCCCCAACUCAAGAGCCCACCAGAUCUCCUACCGCGGGACCUGCUGGAGAUUAUGGGCCUGAGCUGUUGGAGCUGAACACGGCUGCUGGAGCUGAGUACUUGGCUCAAACCAAGAUGCCAGCUGCUGAGACCAAGCCAAUGCACAUGGUGGUCACACCUCUGAUUCACUGUCCCGACCUGGAGGAGCCACCUGCACCCUUGGCUGCCCCGGCUAAGGAGCAGGCCCUGGAGACUUCAAUCAAGGUCCCUGAAGUGCCGGAGCAGCCACCUGUCUCAGUGGGGCAACCGACCUCAGCCACUGAGCAACAUCCUGAACCAACUCAAGAGCCCGCCAGAGCUACUACAGUGGGGCUAGCUGAAGCUUCUGGGCCUGAUCUGUUCCAGCCGGACAUGGCUACUGGAGCUGAGUGUUUCGCCCGAGUCAAGAUGCCAGCUGCUGAGUCCAAGGCAAUGCAUGAGGUGAUCACACCUCUGAUUCAGUCUCCCGACAAGGUGAACCCACCUGCAAUCUUGGCCACCCUCGUGGUAGAUCACAUCCUGGCGCAUGCUAUCAGGGUCCCGCACUUGCCAGAGCAGUCACCUGUCUCAGUGGAGAAACUAGCUUCCACCACUGAGCAAUAUCCUGAACCACCUCAAGAACCCCCGAAGCUCCGACCGAGGGACCAGCUGAAGCUUAUGGGCCUGAGCAGUUCGAGCUGGGCAUGGCAGUUGGUGCUGUGCUUGGCCUGAGCUGAGAUGCCAGCUGCUGAGGCCAAACCAAUGCACAUGGUGGUCACGCCUCUGAUUCACUGUCCGGACCUGGAGGAGCCACCUGCCCCUUUGGCUGCCCCGGGUGAGGAGCAGGCCCGGGAGCCUGCAAUCAAGGCCCCCGAAGUGCCGGAGCAGCCACCUGUCUCAGUGGGGCAACCAGCCUCGGCCCCUGAGCAAUAUCACGAACCACGUCAAGAGGACACCCCAGCUCCUACCGCGGGGCCUGCUGACACUUCAGGGCCAGAGGUGAUGGGGCCGGUCACGGCUGCUGGAGCUGAGUGCUUGCCCCAAGCCGAGAUGCCAGCUGCUGAGUCGAAGCCACUGCAGGUGUUGGUCACACCUCUGACAUACUGUCCCGACCUGGAGGAGCCCCUGCACCCUUGGCCCCUCCAAAAGGUGGAGCAGGCCCCAGUGCCCGCUCUCGGGUUCGUCCAAGGGCCAGUGCAGUCACCUGCCUUAGUGGAGCAGCCAGCCUCGGCCCAGAGCAGCAGCUCGUGAUGGCUGCAGCGCAACGGAAGGCUUCCCCUCCCCUCUCAUUGCGCUGUUUCUAAUUUUUGUGGUUGUCCUAAACCUCUAUAAUUGCUUCAUGAAUUUUGUUUGUAAUA